GGGAAAGGACCUGAUAAUCCUCCAUGUGUGCAAAGGGGAAAAAAAAAGAGAAGGAGGGAUGGAAGGAACAGUACAGCGAUGGUCAGAGGAGAGAAAGGUGAGGAGACGGGGAGAGGGUGGGAACGGAGGAGCCAGGAGGAGAGGCAGGCAGAGAAAGAGGGGUGAUGUCACCUCCAACGGGCAGCCAAUAGGAGUCAGGGAGGGAGGGAGAAAGCACGGCUGAAGCAGGGUGUGUUUUUCUAUCACUGCAGCAUCAGCAGAGAGAAGAGGGGCGCAAUCAAUUUCACAGAAAAGAGGAAGAAAGGGCACAAGUAGAUAAGGAGGAGAGCGAGGGAAGGAAAGGUGCUGGGAGUUGUCAGAGGAGAGGAGGCUCACCGUUGGAGACGGGAGACGUGCAGCAGGGCGUGGACCUGAUUACAAAGGGAUCCUGACGGACCAACAGCAUAUGAAAGGAAGCCAACAUCUUUAGCGUCAGACCCAGAGGAAGACACGUGCUCGGCUGGAGUCUAUGUGUGUGCGUGCAGAGAGUGGAACUGCCUCUGUGUGCAUUUUCAGUGAGCAGGUGGGGCUUUGAUGGGACAGUGAGCAAUGGCUCGCGUGCAGCAACAGCAGGUCUGCAGUAGGGGGCAGCGCUCCUCCCACCUCCCUCUUGUUUUCCUCACCUUCCUUUGCUUCGGUGCCCAAGCAGUCAUACAAAUACCCUCCAACUACCACAUAAGUGAUAUCAAGAGACCUCCUGUGAUCGUUAAUCCUCCAAAGUCGGUCAUAGUUGUGGGUGUGGAUGAGUUCAUCAUGAGCUGUGAAGCCUCUGGAACACCUGAACCCAGUUUCACGUGGACAAAGGAUGGACACAAGUUUGACCCACGCAGUGAACCGCACCUGAAGGUUUCAGAGCACUUGGGCUCAUUUGAAUUCAAAGCAUAUAAUGGUAGCAACAUGGUCAACCUGAAGAAUUACCAAGGCAAAUAUGUCUGCUACGCAUCCAAUGACCUGGGGACAGCCAUGUCCAAAGAGGCCACACUCAGCAUUGAUGGUCUACCUUCUCUGCAGAAAGAAAAAGUUUCCACUUUUAAGGCGGAUGAGGGAUCUAAUAUCACGUUAAAGUGUAAUCCUCCGGAGAGCUCCAUGGUGCCCGUCAUCCACUGGAUGGACUGGAAACUGCGCCACAUUGAGCUAAGCGAUCGGGUGGUAGUGGGAAAGGAUGGCAACCUGUACUUUGCUUAUCUGAAUACCUCCGACUCCAGGGAUGACUACAUCUGCAACCUCCAGUACAUGGAAACUCGCACGAUUCUGACGAAAGACGCCAUUUCCCUUCAGGUCAAACCCUCAAAUUCGGUAGUGCGGAAACGGAGACCCCACAUGAUAACUCCGACUGGACCCACGAGCACGUACCUGGUCCUCAGGGGACAGACCUUUGAUCUGGAGUGCAUCGCGCAAGGCUUUCCAACUCCUCAAGUGAUGUGGUUGAGAAAAGACGGCGAGCUUUCGGAAUCCCGGACUGUCAAAGAGUUUUUUAACCACCGCCUACGCUUCCUAAAUAUCUCUGAAAGUGACGGGGGAGAGUACCAGUGCAUAGCUGAAAACACCCAGGGGAAAGCCAAACACACUUUCAUGUUGACUGUGGAAGCUGCUCCUUAUUGGAUCAAAGAGCCAGUUAGUCAGCUUUACGCUGCUGGUGAGACUGUCAGAUUAGAUUGCCAGGCAGACGGCACCCCCUCUCCCACCAUCCGUUGGACCGUCAACGGGGGUCCCCUUCCAGAAAACUCUAAGCGUAUCAGGGUGGAGAGUGGGUCCCUCAUCCUUGAGCAGGUGGAGUUUGGAGACACUGCCGUCUACCAGUGCCGGGCCUCCAACAAACAUGGAACCAUCUUCACCAACACGCAUGUCUACGUCAUCAAUCUACCCCCUCAAAUUCUUACUAAAGAUGGGAAGAUCUACUUACAUACAGAAGGGCAGAAGGCUUUACUGGAGUGCAAGACCUUUGGUUCUCCAAAACCUAAAGUCAUGUGGGAAAGAGGGGGCUCUUUGCUUCUCGCUGAUCCAAGAGUGAACCUGCUCACCAGUGGGGCUCUUGAGAUCUCUAAUGUCACCUUCGAUGAUAAGGGGCUCUACAGCUGCAAUGUACAGAACAGCAACUUGUCAAUCACUGCUGAACUGGAGGUGUUCAACAGAACCGUGAUCCUGUCUAUGCCACGGGAGCUGAAGGUGCAGCCUGGAAACGAGGCAUUAUUCCCAUGUAAUGCCCUUGUUGAUUCCAAUUUUAGAGACCCUCAGAUUCUGUGGAGGAAGGACAAUCAGAAGCUUCAGGAAUCCAUCAGCGAUACAAAGUACACAUUUGAUGAAUCAAACCUCAUCAUAGCUGAUGUGAACACAGAAGAUGAGGGGGUGUACACCUGUGAAGUCAUCACUAGCCUGGACAUGGCUAAAGCCAACGGCACUCUUAUUUUAAUUGAUCGCCCAGACCCCCCCAGCAACCUCCUGCUUGCAGAUCCUGACAACCGCGUUGUCACACUCAGAUGGACUCCUGGAGAUGACCACAACAGCCCUGUGCAAGAGUAUGUGGUAGAGUUUGAAGAUCAAAGUUUGAAGGAAAGAGGUUGGCAAAAGCUGGAGAAAGUGCGAGGCAACAAAGACCAUGCUGUCCUUUCACUGUGGCCAUAUAUGUCCUACAAGUUCCGGAUCAGUGCCAUCAACGAUGUUGGCAAAAGUAACCCCAGCUUACCAUCUGAAAUCUACAAUACAAGUGCUGAAGCUCCAAACAAAAACCCAGAGUAUGUCAGGAGUGAGUCCGUACACCCAGACACUUUGGUCAUUGACUGGAAGGAAAUGGAAAAGCAUGAAUUCAAUGGCCCUGACUUUCACUAUAAGGUGCUGUGGAGGCGAGCAGUGGGCAGCGGACCGAAGUGGCACGAAAACAUAACAAAAGAGUCACAUGUUAUUAUUGGUGAUGUCGGCACUUAUGUUGCUUUUGAAAUCAAAGUUCAGGCUGCCAACGCGAUUGGAGAUGGACCUGACCCAGACCCUAUCAUUGGGUAUUCAGGGGAAGAUGUUCCACUCGAGAGUCCAAUGGACGUUGGAGUUGUUCUGAUAAACAGCACUACAGUUAAAGUGACCUGGGCACCGAUAGAUAGAGAGCUGGUCAGAGGAAAACUGCUUGGAUACAAGAUACACCUGACCUGGAAUGGUUACAGAUUUCAUCAUAGUCAUGGAUCUACACAUACUGAGACCACUAUAGUGGAAAAAACUGGACCCAAUGAGGAGAAGAAGGUCAUCAGUAAUCUUAGACCAUUUUCAUCGUAUAAUCUGGCUGUCACUGUUUUCAACAACAAGGGAGAGGGACCUCCUUCUGACGCGCUGCCGUUCGAGACCGACGAGGGAGUACCUGGUCCUCCAGCAGUCCUGAAUCUCCACAGCCCAUCAGAGACAGAAAUGACCAUGCAAUGGAGACCUCCUGUCCAUCCUAAUGGAAUUCUCACCGGAUAUGUGCUGCAGUACCAAGAGAUAACUAAUAAUACUGACAGCCUUAUAAAAGAAAAAACAAUAGAUGACCCUAAGAUCACUCAACACACGCUGAAAGGUCUGGACCCUCACAGCAGAUACCGCUUCUACCUGAUCGGACGCACAGCUACUGGAAACGGAGAGCCGAUCAUGAAGAUCAUGAAGACCAUUCCAGAUGCCCUACCUAUAGGGAUCAACUUGACUGGGGGGGAAAACUUAGUUAAUGUCAGCUGGGGGGUCAAGAGGAAAAACAGGCACACUGAUUUCGAGAUACACUACCAUGAUGGCAAUGAGAGUAAUUGGAAGAAAAUAGAGAAGUUAAACUCCUCUCAGUCGUUCUACCAGCUCCAGGGAUUGACCCCUGGCUCUACUUAUCACCUACAAUUCGUCUACGAAAAAAAAGUUUUCUUUAAAGCCCAUGUCAACACUACAACAUCAGCAGCAAUGCAGAAAAGCUUUGCAACACAGGGCUGGUUCAUCAGUGUUGUGAGCGCCGCCGUGCUGCUGCUGCUGAUACUGCUCAUCCUCUGCUUCAUCAAGAGGAGUAAAGGAGGAAAGUACUCAGUGAAAGAUAAAGAAGAUGGGCCGAUGGACUCAGAAGCUCGACCAAUGAAGGAUGAAACCUUUGGAGAGUAUAGAUCUCUUGAAAGUGAUCUUGAGGAGAAGCAGACAGCCAGUCAGCCAUCCCUGUGUGAGGACAGCAAGCUGUGCAGCGACAACAACCUGGACUUUAACGGCAGCAGCGUCAUCACCACUGAGCUCAACCUGGACGAGUCUCUGGUCAGCGAGAUCAGCCGUCCAAGCGUCCAAGAGGGUUUCCACAGUCUGCCACCGAACUCCACCUUCAACCCCGUUCCUGUCUCUUCUGCUACCAACGGCGUGUCCAACUUGGUCACCAUCCCUGACUAACUGCCAUCCAAGCCAUCAGGCCAAAACACGUCAACACAUAUGUGCCCAUGCCACCAUGCCCCUCUCAGACCUCUUAUGUAUUUUCAUUUCCAAUGACACAAUCAUAUGCUGGCUUUUCAGAAGCCCUGGCGGUCAUCUGACUGAUUGGAAUUUACUAACCAAAGCAGUGUCCAAGAUAGUGGACUGUGUGACACAAUACUGACCCUCCCUUCUUAUUUUUGUUCUCUUGUGCAGUCAAACGCAAUUCAAGAUUAGCAUUUAUUACUGUUCUCUUUCUGCCUCUGUGCAAACAACAAAACCUUUACACAGAAUGUUGCAUCUCAAAGUAUCGGGGGUUUUAGAUGUGGUCAUGGCAAAGAUGCAGAGUUACAUAUAUCCCAUAAAUCAACGAUUUCACCUUUCAGUGGACUUGCUCUGAAAAUAAGGAGUAGCACCUGGUGUAUAUAGCUGCAUCUAUCUAUUCAGCCAUAUUACAGAACUAUAGUACAUGCGCUCUCUAAGUUCCUGUGCCUGCUGGGUCUGCAUAAAACUAACGUCGUAACAAUCUCGCCUUCCCUCCUCAAGUGAAACGCCAUUUCCUGGAAUGAAACUGUAGUUUUUUGUGUCGAGACCUAUUUGUAACUCCGUGUCUGUCUUUGUCUCUUUCUACACUGUAUUAAAGCACAUUCUUUUUGUACCUUUCAUCUCACAUUUCCCAGUCGAAUCAAGAAUCAGUAUUUAUUACAGAUAAGAGAGAGUGCAGUCUUGUGGUCAAACACUCUCAACUUUUAUUUUUAGACUUUUAUCAAUGCAAGCUGGACAUCGGUGGGCAGACGGUUGCCAGUUGAUGUGUGAUAAAGGCGAACUGUUGGUAUUUAUACGAGAGAAUGUAUUCUUUUCAGGGCAAGUUUAGACAUUGUGUUUACAUGCUUUUAAUCUGAAAAAGAACGUUUCUGGGGAGCUGAGAAAUGUUUUAAGUAGUUUAGAAAGUUCCCCCCCACCCCAACAGAAUGUAAAUACAACCCUCAAAGAACAAUGUUUGAUAGAAAAAUGGUAAAAAUGUGCAGGUUUAAAGUUCCCAACUUGCUUUUUAAAAACGUGUCAAGUUUAAAUUGCUUUUAUUAGGUACUCACGCUUUAUGAUUUUUUUUUUUUUACAACUGAUGCAGUGGGAUUUGGGUGUAGCAAAAAUAGAUCUUAGACAAAAUGAAAAAAAAAGAAGUCCACAUUGUUCUGUAGAUGUUUGCAAACAUAUCAAAAUUUGAUAAUCAAAAAACUUGUUAUUAGUGUCAUUUAGUGAAAGUAGACACAUCUCACGAAAAAGUUAAGUUUGUCUUCAUGCACAUAGUGGUUCAUCAGAGAGCUUCAGUUCAGUGAAUAUCUGUGCAGCUUGUAUGUGCAGGAGGACUCUCCUUAUUUAAUCAAAGCCUUUGUGUUGCUGGAAGAAGCGUCUGUUAGCUCAGUGAAGCUGAACUCAGGACAAAUCUGAAAAGAAAUCCAUUUUCAGUCAGGAGUGAUGACUGAGGAAACAUGCCGAUAUUGUAACACAGCUGUAAACAUCUGCCUCUGUUGGUGUUUAGAGCAAAUGUUAGCUUUGCAUGAUCAAUAGGCAUCCUGGCACAGAUACUUACUAGACUGCAGCUCAUCUUGCUUUAUGUGUUUCAAAAGGAAACCUAGACCCCCCUCCUCCAAGCUUUGCUUUCCACUGUUUGUUGCUCUUCUUUGUUCUUUUUUAUAAUGAAAAAAUUUGCUUUAUUAAAAAAAAAAAAAGCUUCUCAAGAUUUCAAACGCAGUCAGAUUUGAUGACAAUGCCAGGCGAGAAAAAAAAGUGAGAUCUGGGGAGUGUGUUCCACUAUAGGGGGGUGCCUCUUUUGUGGAGCACAACUGACACUGAGGUGAUGUCUGUAUGUUUCCUGGUUGUUUGUGGGCACCACAGAUGGGACCAGUAAAACUGUAAUUGCUUUAUGGAUCUGCCGAUGUAACUGCAAAUAUGAAAAAUAAAGUACCAGAAACGA